CCUUCUUAGCUGCCAUAGUUGCAACUCUUGAGUCAUCAGAACACUGUUUCCGUUUAGUAGCGCCUCCCGGAAAUAGGUGGAUAAAGUGAAAGUGAAUGUUCAGAGUUGAUGUUCCCCAUUUUGCGCUCGUUUGAGUCGGAUAAUUUUUUUAUCCGAUAAGAAAACUUUAGCAUAAACUACGAUGGAAAUACAUUUACCGAAUAAAUUGCGCAUUAAAAAAAAAAAAAAAAAAAAUCAUGUGAAUUUGCGCGAUGGGACGGCAUAACUGUAAUAACCAGCGGAAAAAUCUUGUUGAAAAGCAUCUGAAAUGCUGUUUUGGUCAGUCAGAAGUUUGUCGUCAAACUGGUUCGGUAUAAUUCCUCCCAUAACUGUCGUAUAAACAGCAGCUUCCCCUCUGAGGUUUAUUGUGUUUCGUCUGCGCGAUCUGUGACGCAAAUAAUUUAUUGUAGCUAUACGAAAAUUAUUAUAUACAGUGGCUUCUUCUACGUUUCUUAGCGAUAUUUAGCACGAGUUUAUCAGGAAGUGACGAUUUUGUUCUCUUUGACUCACUUGAUGGAAACGGUGCUUUAUUCUCAAAUGUUUUAUGCGAUAUUGCAAUUUUGCGCAUAAGUUAAAUUCGCAACUUUGGAUGGAAAAAUAGUGUGUUUGAGUGAACGUCACCGCCUCGUGAUCCUGUUUCUGACCAGUUGAGCUGAAUUGUUGUUGUUGUCAUUUCCGUCCAGAGUGUUGGAGAUCAGAUUCUGUUUCAACUGUUCAGAUUCAUCAUGGAUGACACACAAACAUCCAGAGAUGAAGAUGUUUCUCCUGAAUGCAGUUCAGUUGAUCAGAAGAGAUCAGAACCAGAGCCCAACUGUGUGUCUAUGAGGAGUGACAGGUCUAUGAAUCCACCAUUACAUUUUAAGAGUGGAGAUACACAGACUGAUCUCAGUUCAGUUCAUCAGAAGAGAACAGAACCAGAGCCCAGCUGUGUGUCUAUGAGGAGUGACGAGCCUAUGGGUCAUAAAAUACAUUUUCAGAGUGGAGAUACACAGACUGAUCUGAGCCAUGAAGUCCUCAAAAGGUUUAGAUCAAAUCUGAUGAAGAAGUUUGAGUGUCUGUAUGAGGGAACAACACAGCAGGGAAACCCAACACUCCUGAAUGAGAUCUACACAGAGCUCUACAUCACAGAGAGUGAGAGUGGAGAGAUCAGUAAUGAGCAUGAGGUGAGACAGAUUGAGACACAAUCCAGGAGAGCAGCAGCAGAGGACACACCGAUCCAAUGCAAUGACAUCUUUAGACCUUUACCUGGACAAGACAAACCCAUCAGAACUGUGCUGACAAAGGGAGUCGCUGGCAUUGGAAAAACAGUCUCUGUGCAGAAGUUCAUCCUGGACUGGGCUGAAGGGAAAGAGAAUCAGGACGUCCAGCUCAUAUUUCCACUUCCUUUCAGAGAGAUCAAUUUGAUGAAGGACAAAACACUCAGUCUUUCAGAUCUUCUUCAUGUCUUUUUCCCUGAAACAAAGGAAAUGGAAAUAUCCAGUGACAAAUAUAAAGUGUUGUUCAUCUUUGAUGGUCUGGACGAGUGUCGUCUGUCUCUGGAUUUUCAGAGCGAUGUGAGGUUGUGUGAUGUAAGUGAAUCAGCCUCAGUGGACGUGCUGCUGACGAACCUCAUUGUGGGGAAUCUGCUUCCCUCUGCUCUCAUCUGGAUCACCUCCAGACCAGCAGCAGCUGAUCUUGUCCCUUCUGAGUGUGUCCAUCGAGUGACAGAGGUACGAGGCUUCAAUGAUCCACAGAAGGAGGAAUACUUCAGGAAGAGAAUCAGUGAUCAGAGUCUGGCCAAUACAAUCAUCUCACACCUGAAGUCCUCAAGGAGCCUCUACAUCAUGUGCCACAUCCCAGUGUUCUGCUGGAUCUCAGCCGCUGUUCUAGAGAAGAUGAUGAGUGAAGCAGAGAGUGGAGAGAUUCCCAAGACUCUCUCUCAAAUGUACACACACUUCCUGAUCCUUCAGACUGACAUCAAACAUGAGAAGGACUAUGAGAAAAACGUGACAGAUGAAGACAUGAUCCUCAAACUAGGGAAAGUGGCUUUUCAGCAGCUUGUGAAAAGAAAUGUGAUCUUCUAUGAGGAAGACCUGAGAGAGUGUGGCAUUGAUGUGACAGAAGCAUCAGUGUACUCAGGAUUGUGCACUCAGAUCUUCAGAGAGGAGUUUGGCUGGUAUCAGGGGAAAGUCUUCUGCUUUGUUCAUCUGAGCGUUCAGGAACAUCUAGCAGCUCUAUAUGUGCACCUCUCCUUCACUAACAGCAACACAAAUGUGUUUGACCAAAUCACCAAACAGAGUUUGCAGUCUAAAGUUAAGGAGAGGUUUAAACAUGUUUCAUUAUCCGAUCUCCAUCAGAGAGCUGUGAAUGAGGCUCUACAGAGUAAAAAUGGACAUCUGGACCUUUUCCUGCGGAGUCUCAUCAGAUUCUCCUACAAGGACUAAUGAAACAGAGAAGAAGCAGAUCUGACAGCAACGAGAAAACAGUUGAGUACAUCAAGAAGAAGAUCAGGACCAUUGACUCUCCAGAGAAAUCCAUCAAUCUGUUCCACUGUCUGAAUGAACUGGGUGAUCAUUCACUAGUGGAGGAAAUACAACAGAAUCUGAAAUCUGGAAGAAUAAAGAAAACCAAACUCUCUUCAUCUCA